UGUUUAUUGGCCAGUGUGAGAAAGAAGCUCUGCGGGGCUGCUGCUGAUGUCGCUGUCUGGGGCCGAUAUGCAGAGGCGGGCCGGGAGAAAGAGGCCAGGAGAGGCACUAGAAGUGACGGUCCUGUAGUGUUCCGAGACGGAGUUGAUGAUAGCUGGACCCGCAUCUUGAUUAUAUUCGUCGGGCGGCCAAAAGGCUCUAUUGAAGCAGGAAAGGGCCGUUUGUAUGUGAGCGGGUGACUGUUGCACGCGCAGCCUCUCAUUGAGAAUCACUAGCCAGCUAACUCCAGUCAUAUAGAGCUCCAUUCACAUGGACACGACUAUACAUCAUACUUGUGUAUUAUAUCGCAUAUUUGGCUUACAGAAUCUUGGCUGAACCGUUUCCAACUGAGAUGGAGGGGCGUUGUGGAUUUAGCUAGUCAGAGCGCAAUAAUAACCGCGAGACAACACACUUCCCUGUUGAAUCUGUUGCUUUGAUAACCGGAUAAAAGUGCACCUCAGGUGUUGCUUUGAUCGUAAAACCUCUGAAAGAGACGCGUUGGUUUAACUAAGUAUUUUAUUGUAUGUUUUUAUGGCCGGUGAGCAGAUAAAGUUAGCUGUAGCUUAAGCCUGGAUCAGACCAAAUGAAGGAGUACAAGGUAGUUGUGCUCGGCAGCGGCGGAGUGGGCAAAUCCGCACUCACGGUCCAGUUUGUGACCGGGACGUUCAUCGAGAAAUAUGACCCGACCAUCGAGGACUUCUAUAGGAAGGAGAUCGAGGUGGAUUCGUCUCCCUCGGUCCUGGAGAUUCUGGACACAGCUGGGACCGAGCAGUUCGCCUCCAUGCGAGAUCUGUAUAUAAAAAAUGGGCAAGGCUUCAUUUUAGUUUACAGCCUCGUCAAUCAGCAGUCAUUUCAGGACAUCAGACCGAUGCGGGACCAGAUUGUUCGUGUGAAGCGCUUUGAGAAGGUGCCUCUAAUCUUGGUGGGGAACAAGGUGGAUCUGGAGUCAGAGCGGGAGGUCGCAGGCUCUGAUGGCCGUGCCCUUGCACAAGAAUGGGGCUGCCCUUUCAUAGAGACCUCUGCCAAGAGCAAGAGCAUGGUGGAUGAGUUGUUUGCUGAGAUUGUAAGGCAGAUGAACUAUACCACUUUGCCCGAGAAGCAAGAGCAGUGUUGCACGGCGUGUGUUGUGCAGUGAGAAUCCCUGCCUUACGUAUACUCAAGACACAUCGCCCAGAUGGACACUCUCUUGAACCAAUCUCUGAUCUUAUGACCCUAUGAGCCACACCUGAGCCACUUGAACUCUUGAUACUUAAGACAUCUGGCCAAAGCUUUGCUUUGGUGGCUAGAAGUAAAUCAACACAGGGUCUUGAAAACUGAAAUCCACUGAGGUCUGCAUUGUAGAGCACAUUUUUAAUAUCUUCAAUUUAUCUUUUGGUUACCAGGAAACAAGUCAAGUCAGCGAAUUGGAGCACAGAAGCACACAAAACUUGGGGAAUGGGGAUAUCUGUGACAGGGCUAUUAAUAGCUAUUUUUCUUAUGUAGGGAAAAAGGUUAUGAUGAGCAGGUCAGCGCAGGGCUGUAAUACCCCUGGAGAUGCUCAGUUGUAAAUUUCUGUUUUUCUUUUAACAUAUUAAGUUUGAUAUCCAGUUAUAAAGCUGUAACAGCCAUUAUGCAGGUUUGAGACCUCAAUAUCUAACUUCUUUCCUCAGUUCUUUUUUUUUUUUUUUUUAACUACUGGUAUGUAUGUUUUCUCUCCUAAUACUCUAUUUAUUAAAUACUUUAAUUACCAGAAUAGAUAAAUAUUGCAAUUUUAUAAUCUGUUGGCUGUUUUUGCUUUUUGUGACUACAGUAUGCAUUGUUUCUGACGUACAGCAUUUAUGAUGCCUUAAAUGAUUCCAGU